AUGAGCGCGAGCGCGAGCACAAGGCAUAGCUCCUCACCCGGUACCGCGCCGCCCGCGGAUGGGCCGAACGACCGCGACGCGUCAGGAUGGUCGGCGAACGCGUACCGCUCGGCAGCAGCGUUCGUGUUCGCGCCGGCGCAGACGGCGCCAGUGCUGGAGCUGCUAGACGCACAAAGGGGGGAGCGAAUUGCGGACUUGGGGUGCGGGAGCGGGGAGGUGACAUUGGAGGUAGUGAGGAAGGUGGGCAGCGCGGCGGAAGGGCUGGUGGUAGGGGUGGAUGUCAGCGAGAGUAUGGACCCGGGCUUCCUCGAGCGAGAGGGGUUCCCGGGAGGCUUCAUAGGAGCAUGCGACAAGGUUUUCACGAGCGCGGCCCUGCACUGGUGCGCGCGCGACCCGCAGGGACCGCUGCAAAGCGCGUGGAGGCUACUGAAGCCAGGUGGGAGGCUGGUGGGCGAGAUGGGUGGGGCGGGGAACGUUGCCGGGAUUCGGGAGGCGUUGCAUGCGGCUUUGAAGAGACGUGGGAUAGAUCCUCAGCCUCGUGAUCCGUGGUUUUUCCCGACGGUGGAGGAGUACACGGCUCUGCUCACCUCUGUCGGCUUCAAACCGUUGCACGUCUCGCUGAACACGCGUCCCACGCGCGUAGACGAUAUCAAAGCAUGGGUGCGUUUGUUCUGCGGGCACAAUUUUUUGGAGGGUAUGAGUGUAGAGGAGGAGGCAAGCGUAGUGGAUGAAGUGGAGAGCCUGUGCCGUGAGGAUGGGAGGUGUUGGGACAAGGAGAGCGGGGUUUGGCGUGUUGGAUAUUUUAGACUGCGGUUCGUAGCGGGGAAGUGA